CGUCAUCCGCCAUAACGUUGUUAGUGCGUGAAAGUGAGAUCGUUUUGUGAAUUGUUAAAGAAAAUAGUGAUUAUAUUGUGAUAUUUUUGUUGUAAAAGUGUUUAAUGUGUUAACGAAGAUGACCGAGUGGUACAGAAUGAAGACAGGCUUCAUUAACAAGCACGAUUCAUCGGAAUUGUCUGCUGAAACUUCGUGUGAAAUGUCAGACUCUUUCAAUAUAUUUUCGGACAAUUUGAGUCCGAUUCCAUCGUCAAUAGUACCGAGGAAAUUGGAUUUUAGUAGCUUGGAUGACGACGACGGCAUGAGGGAUGCAUUGCCGGCUCCAGUUUCACACAGCCCUCCGUAUAAAAGAGUUAGGGCUCUCAGAUUAUUCGACAGUCCUCACACUCCAAAGACCCUUCUAGAGAAGUGUUCGACGCCAUCACACCAUCCGCCGCGAUCACGGCUAUUUCCACCCAAAUUAAAUGCGCAGUCGGGCAUGCCAUCAGGGUCCAGCCACCACUUGCACCCGCCGUCAGGAGACGAGGACAGUGCUCUCGGCAGCCUCCCCCCCGACGAGCUGGACGAGUCCAGGGUCACCAGGCGCCAGGUCGCCAAUAUUAACCCCUUCACGCCUGAUGGUCAAGCACUGAAUAAGAAGAAGCGAGCGUUAUCCAAAACACCGACAUGGGGCGACGCCACGCCCGAACAGCCUGCCAAGCGACUUAGGGAAUCAAACAUAUCCCGCUACAACAUCGAGUUCAUUGAACUCGGGGUCAUCGGCCGCGGCGAGUUCGGUCGCGUGACGCGCUGCGUCAACAAGCUGGACGGCUGCGUGUAUGCGCUCAAGCGGUCCCUGCGCCCAGUGGCCGGCUCGGCCGCCGAGCGGGCCGCCCUCACCGAGGUGUACGCGCAUGCGGCGCUGGGGAAACAUCCUCAUGUUGUGAGAUACUACUCAGCAUGGGCGGAAGAUGAUCACAUGAUAAUUCAGAACGAGUACUGCGACGGAGGCUCGCUGCAGCAGAAGAUGGAGAACGGACCACUCUCCGAACCCGAGCUGCUGUUACUGCUGGCUCAUAUUGCUGAUGGAUUAGCUUAUAUCCACUCGCUCCAAUUAGUCCACAUGGAUGUGAAACCGGGUAAUAUCUUCAUAUGCAGCGGAGAAGGUCAGCCCUCGCACGACUCUGAUGAUGGUUAUGAUGAUGAAGAGGUUCUGUACCAUCAUAAGUAUAAGAUUGGAGACCUCGGCCACGUGACAUGCGUAUCAUCCCCAUCAGUAGAAGAAGGUGAUUGUCGUUACCUCCCCAAAGAAGUUCUACAGGAAGACUUGACGCAGCUCACGAAGGCCGAUAUAUUUGCUUUUGGUCUAACACUAUUCGAGGCGGGCGGUGGCGGUGCUUUGCCUAAGAAUGGGCAACAAUGGCAUGACUACAGAGACGGCAAGCUGCCAGAGUUGCCCAACCUCUCUAGAGAGUUUAACCAGCUGCUACGAAAAAUGGUAGACCCCGAUCCGUCCGUCCGUCCGUCAGCGGCCCGCCUCCGCCGCCACCCGCUACUGCACCCCGCCGGCAACAAGACCAAGACACAACUACGCAGGGAGCUGGCCGCCGCCAAGAUGAAGAACGAACUCCUUGCUAGGAAGCUGCAGGAGGCUGCUAGAUGCAUAAAAUCGUUAACGCCGAACUUAGUAGCUAAUCAGGAAUCAGCGAAAUUUCGCACUCGAUCCGCGAAAAGACUGCAGAAGCCUCGAGUAGACACACACAUUGCCGAAAUGAUACAAUCAGUAACAUCGCCCAUUAGAAUAGACCGGACUUUCAGAAGAACGAAAAAGGUAUAAUAUAUUUCUCUAAAAAGUUUGUAGUUUUUUCAAAUGUCGCCUCUAUGGAGAUUUUCUUAAUCCAUGUCCGUUUAUGUCAAAGUGAGAUGACGUUUUGACGGUAAUGUCAAAAUGUGAUGACAUUAUUGACAGUGAUGUCAAAAUGUGUUGACGUUUUGACGGUAAUGUCAAAAUGGGUUUCGUAUGUUGUAAGCUUAAAAAAUGGGCUAAGAAAUAUUCUUAAUAAUAUACUGCUAGUUUCCGCUAGCGGUUUCGCCCGCUUUGUGAGGGAACUUCUUCGUGCAUCGGGAUAAAAAGUAGCCUAUGUGUUAUUCUGAUAUGUAGCUAUAUUACUGCUAAGUUUUAUCGAAUUCCAUUCAAUAGUUUUUGCGUGAAAAAAUAACAAACAUCCAUACAUAACUUUGUCAUUUUCAAAAUUUUAACUCUUAGUCCAUUUUUUAUGUUUACUUUAUACGAAAUUACGGUUAAAAAUGAAGUUGUUUUAACUAAUAAAAGGCCAGUCCUAUUUAUUAUUAUCAACUUAAUAUAUUAAGUGGAAAAUGUCGCGUCUAUAAUAUUAAUCUUUGUCCAGUAAAUAUGAUUUUUAAUAAUAAUUACUGUCGCGUCUAUAUUAAGAAGAAAGUUAAUUUUUGUUCCAUAAUUUUUUAGGUACCAUUUUGAUUUUUUGACCAGGUGAUCACAUAUUUUAUCUGUAGUAUGUGAAAAAAAUACUAUUCACAUAAAUAGUAUAGAUUUUCAUAAAUUAAAACAUACUGAUUUUGACUAACAUAUGAUAUCUACAUAAUAUAUUUUUACUAUACUUUGCCUAAUACCUUUAAAUGUUGCCCUAAACAUAUACUUAUUAAUAUUUUUUCUACAUUUAAGCGACUUCACAACACAAUUCGACUUUGAUUCGAAGUCGAAAUUUUAAAAUCGUAGUUUCAUAACACUAUACUUAAUUUUUGCAAAUGGCUGCGAGAUACGAUAAUAUUUUUUAAAGUAAAAUCGGCAGAAAUGUUGGGUAUAAUUUCAAACAUUUGAUGAAUAUUUCAAAUGUUUGAAAU